AUAUUCUUAAUGUCAUCCCACACAAAUAAUCAAACCUUUCCUGUUCCUGUUUAAUUUUAUUGUUUUUUCAUUCCCUUAUUUUCACUUCCCUUUCAUAUAUUCUGCAAGGCAGAUUGAUCGAUAUAGCCAGUUGUGGAAUAUAUCUAAAUUUACUAUUCGGUCUUCAAGCAUCUUGCAAUUCCCUUCAAAUACUCAAAUCAACCCAACUCAAAUCCUCAUAAUGACACCGUCAGUUCUACCUGCCUCCAGCGAAACCUCCUCAGGCCCUUCAAACCGUCCCAAAAUCCUCAUCCCAGAAAAAGUAUCCAUAGAUGGCCUCACCUUACUAGGUAACAAAUUCGAAAUCCACCAACCUAAAAACCUCACCCCAACCGACCUCCUCACCAUAAUCCCCUCCUACUCGGCCCUAAUAAUCCGUUCCGAAACAAAAGUCACCUCCGAAAUCCUCGCCGCUGCGAAAAAUCUCAAAGUGGUCGCUAGAGCAGGAGUAGGUGUUGAUAAUAUUGAUGUAGAAGCUGCUACGAAACAUGGUAUUAUUGUGGUUAAUUCCCCUAGUGGGAAUAUUGCUGCAGCGGCCGAACAUACGAUUGCGUUGCUGAUGGCGGUGGCGAGGAAUGUUCCUGCGGGGGAUAGGUCGUUGAGGGGUGGUGGGUGGGAGAGGGGGAAAUUGGUGGGGAUAGAGGUGGGUGGGAAGGUUUUGGGGAUUGUUGGGUUGGGGAAGGUGGGGCUUAAGGUUGCGAGGUUGGCGGUCGGGUUGGGUAUGAAGGUUUGGGCUUUGGAUCCGUAUGCUAGUCCGGAAAUUGCGGAGGCAAAUGAUGUUCUUUUGGUGAAGGAUUUGGGGGAUUUAUUACCCGUGGUGGAUUUUUUGACAAUUCAUACUCCGCUUAUUGCUGGUACGUUGGAUUUGAUCGGGAAGGAGGAAUUGGGGAAAAUGAAAAAAUCGGCAAAGGUUCUUAAUGUCGCGAGAGGUGGUGUGUAUAAUGAACAAGCAUUACUUGAUGCUCUUGACGCUGGUAUCAUCGCAGGAGCAGGUCUAGAUGUCUUUACAUCCGAACCUCCACUUCCAGAUUCCCCAGCUCAAAAACUUACUCAACACUCAAAGGUAGUCGCAACACCACAUCUAGGCGCCUCAACAAUCGAAGCACAAGAAUCCGUCUCAGUAGAUGUUUGCACACAAGUUCAUUCUAUCCUAAGCGGAGGACUCCCUACAUCCGCCGUCAAUGCUCCACUUAUCCUCCCAGAAGAAUACAAAAAGUUACAACCUUUUGUUAAAUUGAUGGAAAAGAUAGGUGGAUUAUACACACAACAUUAUCGAGGAAAAGGCGUAGGAGGAAAGAAAUUCGAAGUCAUCUAUGAAGGUGAACUUGCUGGUAUCGCUAAUACACGACCGCUGUUCGCAGCUUUGGUUAAGGGUCUCAUGGGUAGUUUUAGUGAACGCGGUGGUCGCGAUGUCAAUAUCGUUAAUGCUUCUUUAAUUGCUAAGGAGAAGGGAAUAGUCAUUAGUGAGACGCAUGUCUCGGAGAGUAGGAAUCUCGUUUAUGCUAGUUUGGUUACGCUUAAGGUUGUGGAUGUUGGAGGAGGUGGAGGUGGAGGUAAGGGGGAACAAAUCAUUAGUGGUUAUGUAAGUGAGCGGGGAAUUUUCAUUAGUAGACUCGAUAGGUUUAAUACGAGUUUUGCUCCCGAGGGUACACUGUGUGUUUUGAGGAAUAAUGAUGAGCCGGGGAAGAUUGGAGUUGUAGGGGGAAUACUAGGGAGGGCGGGGAUUAAUGUUAGGUUUAUGAGUGUGGCGGCUUUGGAUAGGAAUGGGGGUGGUGUGAGGGGUGGUAGGGAGGGUGGUAAGAGUGGUGAAACGAUGAGGAUAAUGAAGAAGGAGAUUCUAAGAGGAAAAUUAAAAUGAAGCAUUAAUGAUUUUGGGUAUUGAUGGGGUGGUUAGUAAAGAAGUGGAAUUGAGGAAUGAGGAGGGCAUUUUGAUGUCGGGAUUGUUAAUUUGUGAAGGGUUGAGUUUGGGAAAGGGGACAGGGUUGUUCGUGGUGUUGAGGAAAGUGGUGAGUGAGUGAGAGGAUGAGGAUUGAGGGGAAUUGAUGAUUGACAAGCUCUCUUUAUUUACUGAAUGGGAAUUUGAAAGAACAGCGGGAUUUGAGAGUAUAGGAUAGAAUGAAAUGAAAUAAAUAAGUAAACGAGAUGAAAAG